CUGGCUGUGAAGCGCAUCCAAACCGCUCCAAAUAAACCUCCUGUUAAGAUGGCCUCAGCAAAUGAUGCUCGAUAUGGACAAAAAGAGUCUGCGGAUCAGAACUUUGACUUCAUGUUUAAGAUCCUGAUCAUUGGUAACAGCAGUGUCGGCAAAACCAGUUUCCUGUUCCGCUAUGCUGAUGACUCCUUCACACCUGCUUUCGUCAGCACUGUCGGCAUAGACUUCAAAGUGAAGACCAUCUACUGGAACGACAAGAGGAUAAAGCUCCAAAUAUGGGACACUGCUGGGCAGGAGAGGUACAGGACCAUCACCACAGCAUACUAUCGUGGAGCAAUGGGCUUCAUUCUGAUGUAUGACAUCACCAGCGAGGAUUCCUUUAAUGCCGUUCAGGACUGGUCCACACAGAUUAAGACAUAUUCAUGGGACAAUGCUCAAGUGCUGCUGGUGGGAAAUAAGUGUGACAUGGAAGACGAGAGAGUGGUUGCUUCAGAGAGAGGAAGACAGCUGUCUGAACAGCUAGGCUUUGAGUUCUUUGAGGCCAGUGCCAAGGACAACAUUAACGUGAAGCAGGCAUUUGAGCAGCUGGUGGACAUAAUCUGUGAGAGGAUGGCAGAGAAUCCGGAGUCGGCGGACCCGUCCACCACGGGGAACAGGCAGGGCCCUCAGCUCAGUGAGCAGCCACAGCGCUCCCACAAAGACUGUGCUUGCUAAGGGUCACUCACAACCUCUCCACCAUUCCCAGCAGAUUGAACAAUGGACACUCUAGGAAAGAAGGCUUUGGUAAGAGAAGAGCUGAUGGGAUGCAGCUGAGAACCUGUCCUCUCUCUGUCCCUCUUGUGAGAUUGACAUCAGUGCAUUUUUAUUUCUCUUAUAUUGAUAUAGGUAACCAAUGCUCCUCUCAUCUCUUAAGAAUUGGAAUAAUUUAAUAUCUUUUUGACUUUGGGGUCAAAUUAAUUCCAAUGUGAAAUUGGGUGAAUCACAUUUGGUUUUGGUACACUGUCUGCUAAAACGUACUUCUAAAUGUUGCUAAAUGUUCAUGAGCACUUCUUAGGUAUGUUUUUGGAUUCAUCAAGUUCAAAUUCACACAAAUAUCCUUAAUACAUUGCCAGGAGAUAUUAUCCUUAACAGAAAAAUAUACAUUUAGGACCAGGUUGUUGUGUGGAAACCAUCAGCAUAAAGGCUCAUCCCAAGAUGGAACAUUUGAAUGAAUCCUAAGCUUGAAUUGUUCAUAAGUACUGUUUCACUCUUAAUUUUUAAAUUAAAGAGUGAAAACGAAAUGCACACUAAUUAAUUUGCUCCCUAUUCUUUUUUAAAUAACAGCAGGUGUAUUUUGUAAAACAUAUAUUAUAUAAGCAAAAACGGUAUAUGUGAGAUAAUAGAUGUAAUUAGGAAAAAAUCAUUAUGAUGUGCUUAAUUGCUUCUUGUUUUAUAAUAUGAAGGAAUUAAUGAAGUUAAGUGUAUUAUCAGUUACAUGUUCUGCUUUUACUCCGGUUCCUACAUACAGGUGGUCUCAAACUCCUCAUUGUACCAUAACGGAAGUGUGUGAGUGUGUGUGCAUGUUAGUAUGUCAUCCUAGUAUUUUGUCGAUGUUUCGUUUUUACAAGCAUAGAUGAGGAUUACUGCUGUUCUACGGCUGAAAACACAAUAAAAGCUUUAAUGAAAAGAGAACCUAAAUCAAAGAAUAGCAGCUAAUGAGUUUGUGGACGAGACUGUAUUUUGAAAAACUGUAAUAUUAAAACAAAAAGCAUUGUAAUUCUCAUUUAGGCAUUAGAAAACAGAUACUAUAUGCACCACUGAUUGAUCACUAGAGUAUUAACAUAUGUUAAUGCCCACAAUAAUGUUAUUUUUGUAAUUAGGUAUGUUAAUUUACUGCAUUAUUUAUUGCUUAUUUAUUAACAUGCGUUUUUGUUGGUGUAUGUGUUCUGCGUUCGAUUAAGAGGGCUACUGCUAUACUUACAGAAUAGGCUUGGACAUCUGAAAUGUCUCGCUUUUAUAAAUCACAGAGUUUUAAACACAAAAGGCAAUGUAUGUUUGAAAACAUCAUGUUUGUAGAAGUAUGUGUUGGUUUCCCCCUAUGCAAUUCAGAAGCUUUGUUAUACCAAAAUAGUCACUGGAUAUGCAGGGAUAUUGUUUUAAGGUAAUUGAUGAUUUAUACCCUUCAUUUAAAACCUUUUUUACAGUCCAACAAAUGGCAAACCACUGGGAUUUCCUUUUUUAUACAGAGAAAUUUGACACAUUAGUUUGCUUUAUAUGCAGAGUAAUCACUGUUAAAGUAGAAGCCAUAAAACUGAGUUUUGGAUUUGAUACACUUUUGUAGUUUUUUUUUAUUUAAUUACAUUUUUUGUAGUUGGCAGUUUGAGUAUUGUUUGUGUUGUAAUUGUACAAUAGUCCUUCAGUUCCAGCACUAUGACAUAUGUCAUUUUAAAAAUUACAAAUCGGUUUUUAAUUGAUAUACAUUAUGCUGUGUUUCACCCUGGGAGAUAAUGGUAAUAAACCACUGUAUUAGCAACUGAUAUAAGCAGGACACUCACUCUCAUGAGUUUUGAGAAUCAAGUGACCACUUGCAUCUGUUUAUUGAGUUCAAUAAAAAGCUAUGUUUGAAACCUUUAGUGACUUAUUGCUGUCAUUGUUGACCUUUUAUAUUGUCUUGACAAAGAGGGGCCUCAAAAAGUUGAGCUCCACUG